UCUCCAUCUCUCUUUCUCUCGGCGCACGUCCUCGUCAAUGAGCCACAGAGCAAGGAGCCCACCCCGCCCUCCGCCCCCUCCCCACGCGUGUAUUUCCGCGCGGACUCCCGCGCACGUGCUGCCUCUUUUUUUGGGGGGAGGCUGGCGGAUUUCCUCUUUGUCGCAUUCCUCCAUCCGACCAGGGAGGGAUUGUGUUUUGACUUUUUUUUUCUUUUUUUAAAAAAUAAUUCUCCUUAGUGGUGGGAAUGAUCUGCUUUCCGUCUGCGUCGUUUCCAUGUCAGCAUGGGAACCACCGCGUCCAAAAGGAGGAAUUUGAGAAACGACGCGAUCUCGUCCGUGACUGCAAAAGUUAGAGCAGCACGAGCAUUUGGAGAGUACCUGUCCCACACACACCUCGACAACCGAAACGGAUCAGAUCAUCUCCUGUGUGAAACCUCGGUCGGAGCUGACCCAGAGUCGCCAACCGAGACCGCUGGCGCCAACAACAACAACCACCUUCAUCUGCGCUCAGACAACACCAAUUACCGGAAAGAUAGCUCGCAGGACAUAGCGCUGAAAACUUCUGUGGGUCUACACCACCAACCGCCUCCGUCCAUCACCGUUUCCAGGAAGCCGGCGCGGUUAUCCCUCGAACGCAGCUUCUCAGCGGAGGAGGACAAGCAGAAGUGCGUGGAGGGCACUCUGCAGCCUGCUCGUGUGUAUACCAUCACUACCCGGCACGGUAUGCUGAUGAGUGGCGGCCGGGCCAGCAAGGAGAGCCUCGAAUUGGAUGUCUUAAAGGAGCGCUCAGGGAGUGGCGGAGUGGGACCCAAAGGUAGCGGCGGGGGCAGUGGCGGCCACGCGACCUUGAUCCAGCCCUCCACGUCCCCUUCGUCCUCCUCGUCGUCGCCAACCCAGUACCACCAAAGCGCGAGCGGCCGUGGCGCCGGCAGCUGCGGCGGCGCCCACCAUCACCACGGCAACCACCACCACCACCACACGGGACCGUCAAGCGGCGGCGGAGGGGCCUGCGGGCCGAGCGGAAGCGGUAACCAGCAAGCCAUGAGUGUCCCAGGGUCUCACUCCCACCACGCCGCACACCACCACCACCACCAUCAGCUGGCUCAGCCCCCCCUGCAAACCUCCGUCAGCGCCCACAACAUCCGCGGCUGGGGAGACGGUGGAAAAGCGGAGGCAGAAUGUCGAGGGCUGGCCUGUGAGUCCUGCAGUGCUGUCCCCUCUCGGAGUCAAGGAUCCCUGGACCUUGAAAGUGCAUCCCGAGAGCCAGGCAAGCAGCACCGACGCCUCGAGAGGAUGUGGAGUGUGGACCGGGUGACUGGGCUGGAGAGAGAUGAUGCGAACUGGUUCCCCAAGGAAAACAUGUUCACCUUUCAAACGGCCACAACCACCAUGCAGGCGUGAGUGAACUUCCGGAAGCAUCUUCGUAUGGUGGGCAGCAGAAGGAUUAAAGCACAGACGUUCGCUGAGCGUAGAUCGAAGAGUUUCAGCCGCUCCUGGAGUGACCCCACCCCUGUCAAGACUGACUCUCCUCAUGAACCCAGAGACAGUGGGGACCUGCAGACAUCCUGCAGCACCCUCGACGAAGGCGGCGUUGAUGAAGCUGCCGACUGGGAGGAGGAGAGAGAGAUGGAGAGGCUCGCCUGCGAGGGAGAUGACUUUGUACCUCCCAAAAUCAUGCUGAUCUCCUCAAAAGUCCCCAAGGCGGAAUACGUACCCACAAUAAUCCGCAGGGAUGACCCGUCCAUCAUACCCAUCCUCUAUGACCAUGAACAUGCAACUUUUGAUGACAUUUUAGAGGAAAUCGAGAAGAAGCUUGCAGCUUACAGAAGGGGAAGCAAAUUCUGGAGGAUGCUCAUCUUUUGCCAGGGAGGGCCAGGUCACUUGUACCUCCUGAAGAAUAAAGUAGCAACAUUCGCUAAGGUGGAAAAGGAGGAAGACAUGAGCCAAUUCUGGAGACGACUCAGCAGAAUGAUGAGUAAAGUCAACCCGGAGCCCAACCUCAUCCACAUCAUGGGAUGCUACGUCCUGGGUAACCCAAAUGGAGAGAAGCUGUUCCAGAAACUGAAGAAUCUGAUGAGGCCUUAUUCCGUGGAGUUCGAGUCGCCACUGGAGCUUUCCGCGCAGGGCAAAGAGAUGAUCGAGAUGUACUUCGACUUCCGCCUCUACCGCCUGUGGAAGACGCGUCAGCAUUCCAAACUGUUGGAUUACGAGGACCUUUUGUGACGGAAGAUGACAAGAAUGUUCCUCGCGUUGCAGUGACUGGAUGUUUUGCUCACUUGGCGUCCACGGCGGAAAAGGGACAAGGACCCUGAAAGAAUUAAAAAAAAAAAAAAGGAUGACUUUGUUGCUUCAUUCACUUGCCGUGUUUAAAAAGUCAUCUGUACAAAGCCCAUUGAGGUCACCGUUCGGUUGCGCACGGUGGAUAUAAAAAGUCUACACACCCCAGUUCAAAUGCCGGGAUUUGGUGAUCUCAAAAUGAUAAUUAAGAUGCAGGAAAAGUUCAACAAAAAAAAUUGUGUGGUUGCACUCUUCUAAAUGGCUUUUGCCUGGGUUCAAAAUUAACCAAUCACAUUCAAGCUGAUAUUUACCCUUUCGGGGAUAGCGCUUACGACAGUGGACGGCUUACCAGGUUGCAGGGGGGGGGGGGGCAUGAAAGGGUUAAUGGAAGUCAACACACUGACAACCCCCCCCAAACAAAAAGUUAUGUUUUUUUCUCGCAGAUUUUUCUUUUGUUUUUAUUCCGAGUCACCUUUUUCUAUCCACUGUUGACAUCCAUGACUAAUCCACCCUUUGUGUCCGUGUAAGAAUCUGGCAUCGCUUCAGUCAUGCAAAUAAUAAUCCUCCCGAUCGGAUCAAUGACGUCUACUUUUUUUUUUUUUAAUGUGUGUUGCUGUGCGGUUUUCUGAACAGACGUACGUUUGAACAACUCAGGUUUUAGCCACUAAAUUUACAACUGUGUCAAUCGAAGAUACGCUGUUUAAUCGCCAUCUCGCUGGGAGUGAAUGUACUGUUGGCGCUGCGGAAAUCUACGGUAACUCUAAAUCUUUUUGUUUUUUUGUUUUUUUUUUUGGGUGUGAACAUGGUCGCUUAUCAAUGAGAAGAAGAACAAAAAAAGACGGAUUUAUUGUGCGUUUUCGUUGCGGCUGUGAAAAGCUAAAUGUGUUCAUGUGAUGUCAGGAAGGGAUGUAAUAGCCAUCCAAUGGACAGAAGGUGACAAAUUUGCGGAAUGACAAAAACAAAAAAACAAACAAACCAAAAGGGCUUGGAUGAUGAGUGGAAAUGUUGAAAAUGUCAUUUUCUUAACGUGUUCUCAGUGGUGUUUGAGGAAUAUCACAUUAAAGAUGAUGUCAUUGUG